GCAGCUUGAACGUGGAUCAACGCCGACCAGAAAGUGCCAGGAGCGCCAUGGAAUCACACCGCCUGCUGACGAUCGUACUGCUGCAGCUGCUGGUGCUGGGUCAGUCCAGGGCCAACAGUGGCCUAAACUUGCAGAACAACUACAGGAACAUGCUGGUGCGCCUGAACACAAAUAAGGCAGCCCUUGGAGGGGUCCAAGAACUUCGAGAAGCUUGUGAGGUGAGCUUCGAUUACGGCGCCACAUGGGGCACCAUCUGCAGCACGUCGUGGAGCAUGCGUGAGGGCAAUGUAGUCUGUAGGCAGCUGGGUCUGGGCUACGCCUCCAAGGCCACGCUGAGCACGGAGCAUGGGGACAACAAGAAGCAUCCUUGGGCCAUGGUGGGAACUCUCUGCCGGGGCACAGAGUCUCGGUUAGCCGAAUGCACGCGAGAAUCUCUUUACCCAAGCCUUUGUAAUGCACGAAAUCACAAUGUUAGCGUGGUGGCCUGCGUGAGUCACUCAGCUGAUCUCGAGAUUGGACUGGCGGAUAUCGAGAAGACCGCCCGCCUGGACGCAGUACCCAUGUCACGUCUCACCUGCGCCAUGGAAGAGCACUGUGUGUCCGCCGAUGCUUAUGAGAUUCGCAGGACGCAGCCGAAUGCUGCCAGGCUUCUGUUGCGCUUCUCCGUGAAGGCCUCCAAUGUGGGCACUGCCGAUGUGAGUCCUUAUGCCAACUACAAGGACUGGGUGUGGCAUCAGUGUCACCGCCACUACCACAGCAUGAACGUGUUUGCCACUUUCGACGUGUAUGAUCUCAAAUACAGGAAGGUGGCCCAAGGACACAAGGCCUCCUUCUGCCUAAUGGACACCGAUUGUCAGCCAGGUGUCCGCGCCAAGUACACCUGCGGGAAUACCACCCAGGGCAUAUCUGUGGGCUGUGCUGAUACCUAUACGCAUGUCCUGGAUUGCCAAUGGGUGGAUGUGACCAGAGUGCCUAUAAAUCGUCGCUACAUCCUCCGGGUGGCCCUUAAUCCGGAGUACCGGCUUGGAGAGAUCUCCUUUGAGAAUAAUGGAGCCGAAUGCCUUCUCGAUUACACAGGAGUGAGCAGUACGACCAGGAUCUACAAUUGUCGGCGUUCGCCCUUGUGGUUUAGGAAAUGAGUUUUGAUACGUUAGUGAGUGAGUUUCAU